AUGCCUCCUAGACGCGAUCAAACUCAGGACACUGCAAUCGCAGCCCUAGUCACUCAGCAAAUUGCUGCUGUGAUUCUGAACCUUAUUACUCAGAUAAAUCAAGCAAAUAACACUAACAACAAUAACAAUGCUCAAUGCAGUUAUAAGACGUUCAAUUCGGCUAAACAACUAAAGUUUUCUGGGUCUGAAGGAGCUACUGGGCUCCUACAAUGGUUCGAGAGUCUGGAAAGCACAUUUCGACAUGUUCAAUGUCCGAAUGAGCGAAAGGUUGAGUUUGCAUCCAGUGUUUUUGAGAAACAAGCUUUAACAUGGUGGAAUGGUGUGAUGAGAGACAUGGGUGCCGAUGUGGCGAUGGCUCAAACCCGGGAAGAGCUUCGGGCUUUCAUGAUAAAGGAGUUCUGCCACCAUCAUGAACUAAGGGCGUUGGAAAGGGAAUUUGAUGAUUUGAAACAAGAUAGGGGAGAACACCAUGCUUACAUGGAUCAUUAUGAGGAAUUGAGCUUGCUUUACAUAGUUACUGGUAGCAACCCUACCACUGUACAUCAGUCCCUCGAGUUGGCUGCAACCCUGACUGAGUCUCAGGUCAGGAAGGGUAAGCUGUUCCGGAAAGGUAAUAAGAAAUAG